GACACCAACUUAUCUUAUUAAUAUAAUGCAAAAUUAUGAUCAAACAGUACAACAACAAAUUGAUUCAACUGAUUAUAUUAUUGAUGAAGGUGAUGAUGAUGAUAGUGAUUAA